AAUAACAAUUAACUUUAAAACAUAGGAUCAAGUUAGUGUGAUAAAUUUACGAGCUGUUUGAUAUACGUCAAAGUAAAACUACAAAAAAAUAUUUAAAAAAUAGGAUUUCUAAUCAAUAUUAGAAAUUUAUAAACUUUUAAACAAUUUACAUAUAUCUUACACAAAGUCUCCUAUUUACUCCUGUGGAUUUCUUAAAAGAUUUCCAUAUUUCACUCUAAGUAAAUCCAAAAUUCAAAAUUUAAAGAAUCAGUUUCAAUAACUUGUAACCCAAACGUACAUUUUUUAAACUUUAUUAUUGGGUUUCGUGAUCGAGUGAAACUACAACAAAUAUCGGCGGAUUGACUAUCGGUAUGAAGAAUCGGCCCAAAUCAUCAGCAGAUAAGGGUACAGAUAAGCAAUGGGAUUCUGCGUCUGAUAUAACUGUUGAAAGAUUUGGUGCCUUGUUGAAAAAGAUACCACCGAAGGGUGCAAAGAAGAAACCUAGUACGUUUUUGAGCAGAAGUAAUUUGUCCGCGAAAAGUGCCACCGUCUUAAAAGGAUAUUGUGGUUUGACUUUGGAAUCUGACGGUAUUUCGAGCAGUUCAGACGCGUUUUUCAAGAAAUCUCUGAGGAGAUACGACGAUUUUGAAACACCUACGCCUAAGACCAGCCAAAAACCUAAACGAGCAAAAACAGCAAAAUCUAAGAAACAACAAGUUUCACAACAAGGAGAAGUUCGUAGAUCUGCGAGAUUCAUAUCAGCCAGUGAUACUUCAUUAGCAACUCCACGUGUUACACGUGCUCACGAGUUUGACGACGACGCUGACGUUUUCUAUUCGCCAGACAGUUGUCAUUUAUACGCUUCUGGUGAUAUAAAUUUCCACUCAACCAGGGAAGAUCCCGAACAAAACAACGCAUCCGAAGAAAAGCCAAAAGUUACAGAAAGUAACAAUCAGCAUACUCAUAGUGUCAAACACAAAGAAGGAAAACACAAAGAACUUGAUUCUCAGUUAUUUCAUUCAAAUAAUAAACAAACAACCAACGUAAUUGAGGAGGUAGAGCGAAUUGUUACGUAUACUACCGAAAUGGCGGAUACGGAAGGAGAUAAUCCGCCUCCAGCGGAUGAAGCACCUGCUGACGAUCCCGAUGAUGAUCCCGUGGCACAAACAGAGAAACUUGUAGAAGAAUCUACCCAAGAACUUGCUAAACUCGAAAAGGAACUUGAAGAUAAUGACGUGCCACCUGAUGAGCAAGCAGUGCUUAAAGAAGUUGAAGAGUGUGAAACUCAAUGCAUGGAAAUAUAUAAAAUAUUGAGUGAAUUAAAAGAUCGAGUUACCGAAUUAUUAAGCAAAUCCUCAAGAACUCCACAAGAAGAACAAGAAUUAGAAGCCAAACAGAAACUUUUAAAUGAUAAAAUGGCACUAUUGGAGCAAAAAACCCGUAGAAUUGAAUUACUUGUUGGUAAAACAAAGAAACAAGACUUUAAUAAGUUUUACGAUGAAGAUACAUUACCGAAAGUGGUUGUAUGCGGUUUAGCUGAGAAUAAUAUGCCAAAAUUUAUUAUAUGCGAUGAUAAAAAACGGCGAUCUUCGCGAAAACAAGGAUGUAGUCCUCUUACAGGCCCAGCGAAAGGCUGUCCCAAUGCUAAUUUGCCUCCACAACCAUUCCAAGCUCCUUGUAUCGGAGCGCAAGGUGGUGCGCGAGGUGGGCGUGACAUGGGUCAGGGAUAUCCGCGUUCAUCUGCUCGCAUGCAGGCGUAUCCUAAUGAGGGAAUGAACGAACAGAUGCAACCAGUGACAAUGCGUGCAAUGCCUCAAUUUGCCAAAAGAUUGAGUGAGAGUUAUGAUAUGCAAGAACGUUUAGCUCAAGAAAAUGCUGAUCUCGAGGGUAAACGGUAUCAGUUACAAGAAGAUUUGUUGUGCAAGGAACAAAGUCUUGAUUCACUACAACGACAAUUGCAAUGUAUGCAACAAGAACUGCGUCAUGUGGUCAAAGAAAACGGAUUACUCAACUGUAAACUACAACAAAUUCAAGAAUCAACAAAAAAAGAUCCUUGUGAACCAAUGCCUUCCUUACCUUGUCCACCUUGUCAAAUGCCACGUCCACCCGGCGGGGACAAAGAAUCCCCACGCCGGCAACCAUGUGGUCCUGGAAAAGGACCUUGCCCUGCAGAUGAAAAUGAAGAAACUAAAAAACUAGAAAAACAACUAUGCCUAAUGGAAAUGGAAGUGAAAGCCAUUCAAAAUGAGUUGACUACUGUGCGCCAGGAGCGUUUACAUCUUGAACAACAUCGAAGAAUGUUAGCACCAAUGACUUGCCCUCCACCAUGUGGAAGUCCAUGUAUGCCACCAUGUCCACCACGGACCGAUGCGCAAGUAAGGGAAAUGCGUGAAAAGUACAAUUGUUUACAAGAUGAUUAUAAAUCCAAGCUUACUGAAGUAGCUGGUUUAAGAGCUGAUGUUGAUAAGUUUAAAGCCAAUCUACAAGAAGCUGCAGAAUAUCGUAAAACAAACGAAGAAAAAAUUAAAGAGCUGGAGAAAAUUAUAAGGGAAUUGAAAGACCCUAAAACGAGUUUAACGAAAGAAAAUUUAAUGGAAAUGGAACAACAAUUGCAAGUUGCAAAACAACGAUUCCGUGAGGCUCAAGAUGAAAUGGACGAGUUGAGAGCUUUAACUGAAGAACAGCAAACACAACUAAAAGAUUACCGAAAUAAGUAUUUAGAAGCUCAGCAACAAGUUGAAGAACAAAAACGACAAAUGGACUUAAUGGAGUUGGAGAAUAGCCGAAUUGGCGAGCAAGUCAAUUUGGAAAUACAACGUGUUAAAAAUCAAUUCCAAGAAAAACUUCAAGAAUUAACUCCGCUUCCCGAUAUUUUAAAAGCAACUCAACUAAAACUGCAAGAAGCUCAACAAAUGCAUUUGAUGGCAGAGCGAAAUAAUGAAGCACUUUUGAGGGAAAUACAAAACUUGCGAGACAAGGCAGUAAUGGCCGUGGAACAAAUGGAAGCAAAUAAAAGUGGAUUGGGGAAUUUGGAUGCAGAACGUCAGAGUCUUCAAGACGCCAACGAGGAAAUGGAAAGACACGCGCAACUCUUGCAAGCUGAGAAUGACGAUCUACGUAGAGAAAUGGAUCGUAUGCACGAUGAAGUCGAAGAUGCGGAAAAACGCGCCCAAGAAAAACUUCAUGAAAUUGCGCAACUUAGCGCUGAAGUAGAGAAUGUUCGAGAUGAAUCUGCGCGGCAAGUUGCACGCGUUAAAGAUCGUUGUGAAACUGUACGACGUUCAAUGCAGAAUCAAAUCUGUGAUUUGGAAAAGCAACUAGCGCAAAGUCGCGCACAGGCAAAGUCUGCUCAACGCGAUCGUGAUGAUAUAAGACAGAAAAUGCAAUCGCAGAUUACCAAUCUCAACGAUAACUUCGAAGAUGCGCAAAUGCGCAUUCGCACAUUGCAGGGUCACGUUAACUUUUUGAAAAGUUCCGCCGCUGUUUAUCCUUCAAUGGAUCAACUCGCACCCAACCGAAAUUGUUAAAGAAUUCUAACAUUUUUUAUUUGUGCGGCUAUUAUGUUUGCAGUUUUUUUUCAUAUGAGACGAAUAAAACUUUUUGGAACUUA